ACUGUUUAUUGAUGCGAUGUCAGUUGGUUGCUGAAACUGAUUAUUAGUCAUUCUCUUUAUCACAAAUUAAUAAUUAAUCUAGAUUUCUAUUUGUUUGUGUCCAGCUUUUGGUUAAUCUGUGUCCCUUAAGAAAAGAUAAUAGUAGCUAUUAAAAUUGUGACCCAGCCAUGUCUGUAGCAACGAUGGAAAAGCAUCUAUUCAAUCUCAAAUUUGCGUCCAAGGAUCUUCUAAGGAAUUCUAAGAAAUGUGAAAAAGAGGAGAAGAAGGAGAAGGAGAAGUGUAAGAUGGCUAUUACGAAAAAUAAUUACGAAGCUGCCAAGAUUCAUGCAGAGAAUGCUAUAAGGCAAAAAAAUCAAUCACUCAAUUACUUGAGAAUGAGUGCUCGAAUUGAUGCUGUGGCCAGUCGUGUACAAACUGCUUUAACUACCAGAAAGGUUACUCAGAGUAUGACUGGAGUUGUUAAAGCCAUGGAUGCGGCAAUGAAGAGUAUGAAUUUAGAAAAGAUAUCUUCUGUUAUGGAUAAAUUUGAAAAACAGUUUGAGGAUCUUGAUGUACAAUCGUCUGUUAUGGAAGAUACAAUGAGCUCAACUACUACACUUUCAGUGCCACAAAAUGAUGUUGAUCACUUAAUGAAACAAGUUGCAGAAGAAGCAGGCAUCGAAUUGAAAAUGGAGCUACCAAGAGAAGAGACAGCGAGCAUUGGUGACGCAAGUGUGGCUUCUGCCGAUCAAGAUGAUCUUAGUCAAAGACUGGCUAAGCUGAGAAACAUGUGAACUUCAUGAUUACUGACAUUUUCAUCAUAGUAAUAUCAUAGGAGUAUCAUUUACCAGUUGUUUAUUAUAAGCUGUUGAUCUAUUUUUUUGCUAUUCACAGACAAAAUUUAGCAACAAAAUCGCAUCAAGUUAUAACUUUUUCUAAGAUCCGAGAUCCCUUAAAGAAAAGAAACCAGUAGAAAUCUAUUUAUUCCUCGAGCAACAAUUCCAAAUUUACAUGUCUAAAUAAUUGACUUAUCGAUAUGCUCCUUGAACAUUUAAAUUAAACCUACUCAUACUAUAAGAAGUAAAUUUAUCAAAAUAUUAAAAUCUCAGACCUUUCUGAGGUGUAAAGUCUGGAGUUGUUAUCAAAAAAAUAAUCCUUUUAUGGUGAACUUGAAUAAAAAAUCUACUAAUUUUAUUCAUAGCUUAAAA